ACGUUGUAUGAUUAGAAGUUUUCACUAGCUUCCUGUCGACAGGACAAGGUCAUUUGUUUUUGGAUUGAAGAAUCUUUGAAAAUCACAAAAGGGGUUCACAAUGCCAGAUGCAACACGAGGAAUUUAUUUGGGACUUACUGAGCCCUUUAGGGAUCAAAAACGUGAAAAACCACCAGUGCCGUAUUACAGGAGAGGUAUAAAUAGAUUACUGAGGGUUUGGGAUCAACAUUAUCCUGGACUUGGUGCUGGAUUUGGUUUACCCCUGAUUUACACACCUUUAACACCUGUAACUUCACAGUGGUACCAUUGUCAACGAGAUAGUAAGUGUGCAGACCAUGAGAUGGAUUACUACAGAUGUGCAAGUCAAGUUGGCCUGAGAAAUGUACAGACAGGCAGAGAAUGUCUAGCUGAAUAUGAAGAUUUUAAAGAAUGUAUCAGUGGUUUUAAAUCAAUGGAAAGGCGAUGGGAGAUGGAUAGAGAAAGACACAGACAAGGAAGAGCUUAUAUUGACCCACCACCACAAUUUACAUGUGUUAGACCUUUCAAUAGAGGACAAACAAUGCAUCUGGUUUAAAAGACUUCUUUAUUUGUUAUUUUAUUCGUAGUGUAUAUUUGUUUGAAUUAAGUGAUUGUAUUAAAAAUAAUUGGAAAAUUCA